AUGAACCGACAGCUAGUGAACAUUUUGACUGCCUUGUUUGCCUUUUUCUUAGAAACACACCACUUCAGGACAACCUUCUGUAAAGAACAUGAUUCCAGGUCUGGAAAAUCCCCUUCACAGACACUGUCUCCUUCAGAUUUCUUGGACAAACUGAUGGGACGGACAUCAGGUUAUGAUGCACGAAUAAGGCCAAAUUUCAAAGGUCCUCCAGUAAACGUUACUUGCAAUAUUUUUAUCAACAGUUUUGGAUCAGUCACAGAAACCACAAUGGACUACAGAGUGAACAUUUUUUUGAGGCAGCAGUGGAACGACUCCCGUCUUGCUUACAGUGAAUACCCUGAUGACUCUUUGGAUUUGGAUCCAUCAAUGUUAGACUCCAUCUGGAAGCCGGAUUUAUUCUUUGCCAAUGAGAAGGGUGCAAAUUUCCACGAUGUUACCACAGACAACAAGCUUCUGAGGAUUUCAAAAAAUGGGAAGGUGUUAUAUAGUAUCAGGCUAACAUUAACCUUAUCGUGUCCCAUGGACCUGAAGAACUUUCCAAUGGAUGUACAAACAUGUACAAUGCAGCUAGAGAGCUUUGGCUACACUAUGAAUGACCUGAUAUUUGAAUGGAUGAGUGACGGUCCUGUGCAAGUAGCAGAGGGCUUAACUCUGCCACAGUUUAUUUUGAAAGAAGAAAAAGAACUUGGUUAUUGCACAAAACAUUACAAUACCGGAAAAUUUACAUGCAUUGAAGUAAAGUUUCAUUUGGAGCGUCAGAUGGGAUAUUAUUUAAUCCAGAUGUACAUUCCUAGCCUGCUGAUCGUCAUUUUGUCCUGGGUUUCUUUCUGGAUCAACAUGGAUGCCGCUCCAGCCAGAGUUGCCUUGGGCAUCACCACAGUCUUGACAAUGACCACUCAGAGUUCAGGCUCCAGAGCUUCUCUUCCAAAAGUUUCUUAUGUAAAGGCCAUUGACAUCUGGAUGGCUGUGUGUCUUCUCUUUGUGUUUGCUGCCUUGCUGGAAUAUGCAGCAGUGAAUUUUGUGUCAAGGCAACAUAAGGAAUUUCUCAGGCUCCGGAGAAGGCAGAGGAGGCAAAAUAAGGAAGAAGAUGCUGCCCGUGACAGCCGGUUUAAUUUCGGUGGCUAUGGGAUGGGCCAUUGUCUGCAGGUGAAGGAUGGUGCUGCAGUCAAAGCCACGCCUCCCAAUCCUCUCCCACCCCCACUGCCAAAGGAUUCAGAUUCCAUCAAGAAGAAGUUUGUUGACCGUGCCAAAAGAAUUGAUACCAUAUCCCGAGCUGCAUUCCCACUUGCCUUUCUCAUCUUCAAUAUAUUUUACUGGAUUACAUACAAAAUUAUACGUCACGAGGAUAUUCACAAAAAAUAAACAAUGUUCACCUGAGCUGGGACCUUCUAGCCAAAGUGACUCUCUUGUAAAUAAAGAGUGAAAUGUUUUCCUGUCACUGACUGAGGGUUUGUUGUCUGUGAUACUAAAGAAAGUGGAGGGGGAGAUUUGAAAAGCAGAAAGAAAAGUUUCAGUAACAAUUGCACAAAACUAGCUGCUGUGGGAUCACCACAUGAGGAUUUCUCCUUACGUACUCCUCUCGCCAUGGUUCUUCCAGACUCUUGCCAAGAUCAAACAAACAUAAACAAGGCCAAUGCUCCCCCCCCAAAAAAACCCCAGUGUUUUCAAGUUGUAUUUAAGAAAUACUUUAAAGUAUCAGCUACCAUGAGACAGUCUGUAAUAGCUGCACUGCAAUGAAUUUUCAGAGGACCAAACUUUUUCAGGGUAACUCUGCCUUUCUAUAUGAAACAAGUCUACUAAGCUACAUUCCAUUACUGUCUGUAGUUAAUGGUUUGCCCAGAAGUCCCUCUGUGGAUUGUAAAUUAUUUCUACUAACAGGGCAAAGGUGGGUCAGGGGGGACAAUUUAUACUUUAAUAUUCUUGUGGGUGUGCAUUUUAAUAUUCUUGCUUUCCUAGAAUUGUAACUUUUGAGAUCCAACUUGUGUAGGGUGUGAUUAAUUUAAUUGCUUCCACUUGUAGAAAACCUGCAAAAUGGCUGAUUUUAUGUUGGUUCUAAGACAGUGCAUUUAUUUCAUUUCAUCUUUUGGCUGGUUAUUAUUAUUUUUUAUCAAUGACGUACAGCAUAAGGUGCCAAACUGUAACUUACCUAUCAUUUCCCUGUAGUUUCUUGGCAUAGCUCAGUUUAGCAUUGACUUUCUAUUGCUGAUCUCAUUGUAGCUGCAAGUUGAUAGCUCUAUAGGUAAACAUGACUUGUUUACAGAUGUCUAAUUUAUAUCUUUACUAAAAAAAGAAAAAAGAAAAAAGUGGCUAUCAUUUUAAAUAUCAUUGACUAACUAAAUAAUUUUAAAACUGUACUGUGAUUUUCAUAACCUGUUAACCUUUUGGUGCCAGAGCUGUGUGGUCCAGAUCCUUGCUAUGUGUUUUAAAGUAGAAAUAAAAAAAAAAAAACCAAACAAACAAAAACACGGAGGUAUUUUUGCUUGGGUGGGUCUUAAAUAAGAUUAAAAGCAAAGCGAGCAUUACAGUUUUACACUAGCUGUAAAAGGGUUUGUUGCA